AUGCUGAAGAAGCUGGAUCCUACUAAUUCUGUGUUUUUGGCGUACAAACAAACAAUAGAUACCACAGUUUCAUCUGAUAUUCUAUUGGAAAAGGAGAAGAAGAAAUCAAGGACAGGAAAGAAAGAUGAAUCUAGUUCUUCUGAGAAACCAGUCAAGAAAACGAAGACACAAAAAUCUCCUAAAAAGAAAUCUGCAGAUGUUGAUGACUCUAUUCCACAAGAUGUCUCAGUUGCUGAUAAUACAAUGGCUGAUGACAUCAAUGUAGACAUAUCUAAUACGGAUACAAAUGUCAUUAUGGGUUCAGAUAAUGUGGAGCCUGAUGAUUCUGAAAAUGCGAAGAUUGAGAGUCCAAAAACUGCGAUGGUGAUGAUCAUGGCUGAUAUAGGGGGUAGUUCAUUUGUUUCAAGUUUGGAGGUGGAUUCUAUGUUGAAAAUCUUUGAAGGGCGUGUUACAAACAAAGUUUCUGGGAUGAUACGGGAUUCUGAAGCAAGGGUGUUGGAGAAAGUUGAUAUUAAUGAUCAAACAAAUGAUAAUAGGAUGAGUUCUCAAAGAAAGGAUUUCUUACACGAAGUGAAGGAAUUGAAAGCUGUCACGAGAGAAAGGCAUGUUUUGUAUGUUCAAGAAUUAAAGAAAGUUCGUGAAGAUGUUAAUGUACAAAUUGCAGAACUUCGGGAAGAUAUGCAGAAGGAAGUUCAGGUUGUACAAAAAGAUUAUGCAUCCAUCAAUCAAAAAGUUGACAUUAUCUGUAAUGAUGUCACUAGAUUUGUCAAGCUAUAUGAAACAAUGAAUCCUCAGGUCAUCAAUCUUUCUGAACAGGCUGCAAAACAUUUUGAUGAAUUGGUUACUUUGUUAAAGGAACUGAAGGAGUUAUCAGUCAAACCAGUGUCAUCAUCUCUCAUUACUCCGUAA